AGCUCCAUUCAGCUCCGAGCCCAGCCCCGUGGGCCUCUCAGCACCAGGAUGGUUUCCUUCAUCCUCUGCCUUCUCCCUGCUCUCCUAGCUACAACGAGUGCACAAACUACCGCACCUGCGAUCCUGACAUGUGACACAUGCUUUGGUCAAACGGAGACCUGCAAUUUCGCUCCAGGAACCUGCCAAGACAACAAGGCUACUGGUGGCUGCCUCUCCGUGGCGGAAGAUAUUACACUGGGUGGGACACAGAACACAUACUUCUACAAACAGUGUCUGAGUAGCUACAAGAGUGACAUAGAAGUCCCCAUCUCCUUCAGUGUUGGGAACGGCAAUUACGUGAGGAUCAACACUACACGAUGCAACACAGAUAAUUGUAACUUGGCUGUACCUGGAGUGCCCACGGGGAGCACCACCGCGAACGGGCUGCAGUGCCCAACCUGCUUCGCUCUGAACUUCACUGUCUGCAACAGCUCAGUCACCCCUUGUACCGGGGAUGAGACCUACUGCAUGGAUUUCACUGGGUUUCUAUACAAAAGUUCAUCUCAUUCACCAUUUCAAGCAAAAGGCUGCACUACAGCGUCUCCUCAGAUCAUUAAACCUGGAGCCAUCCUGACUACGGCACUGUACACAUUUGACUUUUUUUGGGGGGCCUCUGUUCCAGCGGAGAAAAUACCCACCAACCCCCCACCUACAACUGCUGUCUCUCUAGAAAAAACCAGCCCUGCCCCCAAUAAAACCACUACCACACCCCCUGCUACAGCCACCACCACUACGACCACCACCAGUGGGGGCAGCCCAUCUCUGGGGAGAUUCUCCUUUGCCCUCUAUCUGCCUGGCCUGACUGGGCUGCUGCUGGUGAAGCUGCUCUCCUGACCCCCGCCCUGUACAGCCAAUGCAGCACCUGGUGCCUGUGAAUAAAGGCCUGAAGUCCCAGCUGCACCCCCUCCGAGGCCCCUCCACGCUGCCGGGCAAUGCAGAGGGGCAGCUGCAUAGCCAAGGGUCUGCCCAGCAUAUGGGUGUGUCUGUCCCAGUACCUCAUGGCUGGCUGGAAUCUCUCUGUGCAUUAGUAAAUUCACAGAAUAAAUCAGGAUC